CAUUUCCGGGCUUCCUGUUUCGUCAUCGCCAAAGGAGUUUUUACUCCCGAAAGCUUGAAGGGCCGAUCGCAGUAUGGAUGGCCGCUGAGACGCUAUAUAAUGUAAGACGGGGAGCAGGAGACAAGUGAGGGGGUCGGGCGGAGAAGAGGGGGCAUAUAGAUAGGACGAGGCAGGUCGGUACGGCCACUAAUCCCGACUCCGUGUCUGUUUACUAGUUCAGGGAAAAUCAUCUACUAUGUUUCAGAGCCUAGCCGAGCUUUGAAACACAUUUCGGUUAAAGUUAUUAAACAGACCCUUUCCGUAUUUUAAUGAAAGUAAAGUACACCAUAGACACAGCAACUUCGUCCCCGGUAAGGCUGAAAAGGCGGCGUUCGCGGAGCACCAUGCCGGACUAUGCCAAGAUGAAGAAACCCGACGUUAAGCUGGUGAUCCUUGGUGACAUGAAUGUUGGAAAGACGUCUUUGCUGCACAGGUACAUGGAAAGGAAGUUUAAGGAGACCAUCAGUACGGUUGGAGGGGCGUUUUUCCUGAAGCAGUGGGGACGCUACAACAUCUCCAUCUGGGAUACUGCAGGUCGGGAACAAUUCCACGGGUUGGGAUCCAUGUAUUGUCGCGGUGCGUCUGCCAUUCUCCUCACCUACGACGUCACCAGCUGGCAGAGCCUGGCCGAGCUGGAGGACCGCUUCCUGUCCCUGACCGACACCGCCAGCCACGACUGCAUCUUCGCCAUCGUAGGCAACAAGGCGGACCUCACUGACGCCAUGGCCGUCGAGCAGGAGGGGGGGCAGGAGGAGGGCUGCCCGGCCAGCAUGUGUCCCACACCUCCAGCCUCCCCCAGUGCGCACAAGCAGGUGCACCGCGAGGAUGCCAUGGCUCUUUACCGCCGCAUCCUCAGGUACAAGAUGCUGGACGAACGCACUAGCUUACCGGCCGAGAGCAUGUGCUUUGAGACCAGCGCCAAAACAGGCUACAAUGUGGACCAGCUGUUCGAGACUCUGUUCGACCUGGUGCUGCCUUCCAUAAUGAAGAAGAGGGACGAUGAGAAGACCUCCACCGUCAACCUGGAACAGUCGGCAGAUGUGGCCAAAGCCAAAAGCCAUUGCUGCUCCUGACCUCUCCCCCAGUGCUAAGCGACACGCCUCUUAGUGCCCAGGGAAGCCGUCAGUGGUGCCCCUAAUUGAUUCCCUAUCGCUUGUGCUUUAACCGUGAUUUACCUUUUUCCCUUCUCACGCAUGCAGUGCACAACCUACAGCCUUCGCAUCAACAGCAGAGGGGACAAAGUACAUAAAAGCUGAUGGCGUCUCACUGUUCGGAUUUUCUUUCCUGAAGACGCACGUGCGGUGAUCAUUUUGCGGGUUCUCUGCUCACGGUUCCAUGAGCGAGUCAUGCAUGACGGAGGUGGCUUUUUUUCCCCUCCUCCGUUCCAUUAAAUCACUGAACGUAUGAACUUUCACCAUGGUGUCUAACCAAAAUCACAAGCAGUUCUGUUUUUAGGAAUUUUAUUACUGAGAAUCCCAACUGCGACAUCAACAGGCUUGUGUUUUAUUUUGUUUUUUUAUUGGAUGCGUUUAAUUUGUACCUAAUCGCCCUAUAAAUGUGACUAUUUAAGAUGUAAAUUUUAAAACUUUCAUUGUAAAUUAAAGAGCUGUAAUCUGG